AUGCCGUCGCCGGGCGGGACUGCCGCGCUGCGCCACGCAGAGACGGGGGAAAUGAGCCUGUCAGGCCGGCCCCAGGGCGCUGAGACGGGUGCAAAUGAGGUGGGUGCGCUGUACUGUACGGACUUGAGUAGAAGCUGGACCUUCAUAGUGUACGUGUUCACCUUCCACUACAUCAGUGGUGCCCGCCGACCGCCAUCUGACUUCGGGCGCGUCAAUGGAGACUCUCUUUGCGGCCGCACAAAGAGACCGCGGGCAGGAAUUAGAGACGUUUCUGUUGACCCCGCUGAUAUGCGCUCCCAGCUGCUGCACGUCCCCUACAAUCACACAGAGGUGGCCAAGAGACGCAGCAGCACGGCCACACUCAUCGUCUAUGUGAGCGGCGGCUGGUCGUCGUGGACCGAGUGGGCGGAGUGUAACGCUCGCUGUGGGCGGGGCUGGCAGAGACGGACCCGCAGCUGCACCAACCCGGCGCCGCUGAACGGAGGGGCCUUCUGCGAGGGCCCGCCCUUCCAGAGGGUGACCUGCACCACGCUGUGUCCAGUGGACGGGGGCUGGACCGAGUGGGCCAAGUGGUCCGCAUGUGGGACAGAGUGCACCCACUGGCGGAGCCGCGAGUGCCAGGCGCCGCCGCCCCGGAACGGAGGCCAGCACUGCAGUGGCAGCAUGAUGGAGAGCAAGAACUGCACGGAGGGCCUGUGCACGCGCAAUAAAAAGAUUUCUAUUGAGCAGGCAAGCCAUCCUCUGAGUCCGGGCAUGGGUGUGGCGGUGUACUCCGGCCUGGUGGGGGCGCUGCUGCUGUGCGUGAUCCUGGUGCUUUGCGUGGCCGUGCUGGCCUACCGCCACAGGUGCCGCCAUCUCCACGGCGACAUCACCGACUCCUCGUCGGCGCUCACCGCUGCCUUCCACCCCGGCAACUACAAGCCCCCCCGGCAGGACAACCCCCACCUGCUGCAGCCCUCGGCUCCGCCCGACCUGACGGCCUCUGCGGGCACCUUCCGCGGGCCCCUGUUCUCCAUGCAGCAGGCGGCGCACGACAGCCCCCACAAGAUCCCCAUGACCAUGUCCCCGCUGCUGGACCCGCUGCCCAACCUGAAGAUCAAGGUGUACAACUCGUCCACGCUGUCGUCCGCCACGGAGCUGCCCGGCGACGCGCGCUCGCUCACCGACGGCGACAUCCUGCGCCUCAAGUGCACGGGCACCCUGGCCCGGGACCGGGACCCCCACGCCGGCCACACCCUGUCCCGGGAGCCCGGCCUGAGCACCAGCGCCACCCUGGGCCACCUGGGGGGACGGCUCACCAUACCCAACACAGGUGUGAGUCUGCUGGUGCCCUCUGGCACUAUUCCCCAGGGGAAGUUUUAUGAGAUGUACCUCAUUAUCAAUAAGUGGGAAAAAACGACGCUUCCCUCGGAGGGCAGCCAGACGGUCCUGACCCCCGUGGUGAGCUGUGGGCCGACCGGCAUGCUGCUCAACAGGCCGGUGGUGCUCACCCUGCCCCACUGUGCCCAGCUGGACACCCCCACGCCGGACUGGACCCUCACGCUCAAGACGCAGACCCACCAGGGGGCCUGGGAGGAGGUGCUGACGGUGGGGGAGGAGACGCUGUCCUCACCCUGCUACCUGCAGCUGGAGGAGGAGAGCUGCCACGUGCUCAUGGAGCAGCUGGGAACCUACGGCCUGGUUGGCCAGUCCUGCCCGCCCCAGCCCGCCUGCAAGCGGCUGCAGCUGGCCCUGUUCGGCCCCCGCGCCCCCUGCCUCUCCCUGGACUACACGCUGCGGAUCUACUGCAUCCACGACACGGCCCACGCACUCAAGGAGGUGAUGGACCUGGAGAGGAGCCUAGGGGGAGUUCUGCUGGAGGAGCCCAAGCCCCUGCUCUUCAAAGACAGCUACCACAACCUGCGUCUCUCCGUCCACGACGUCCCCCACGGCCACUGGAGGAGCAAACUGCUGGCCAAAUACCAGGAGAUCCCCUUCUACCACAUCUGGAGCGGCAGCCAGCGGCCUCUGCACUGCGCCUUCAGCCUGGAGCGCGGCGGCCUCGCCGUGUCCCAGCUCACCUGCAAGAUCUGCGUGCGUCAGGUGGAGGGGGAGGGGCAGAUCUUCCAGCUGCACACCGACAUCCAAGAGACCCUGCCGCCCCACUCUCCCGUCCCCUCGGGAGGCUGCUGUCUGCCCUCCUCCCAAGUGGGACCGUAUGCCUUCCGCCUACCUGCCUCCAUCCGUCAGAAGAUCUGCACCAGCCUGGACGCCCCCAGCGCUCGUGGCUGUGACUGGAGACUGCUAGCACACAGCCUGGGCUUUGACAGGUACCUGAACUACUUCGCAACAAAGCCCAGCCCCACAGGUGUUCUGCUGGACUUAUGGGAAGCUUGUCACCAAGGUGACGCAGACCUCGUCUCGCUUGCGGGCGCGCUGGAGGAGAUGGGCAAAAGUGAGGUGCUGGUUGUCAUGACAACAGAGGUGGAUUGCUGAUUGGUCAGGAGAGAGAUUUAUAUAUAUAUAUAUAUAUAUAUAUA